AUAUACGUAGUUGGUACACUGGCACGCUUCUUGCAGUCGACUACCGUACGGCAGUCGCGAACGGACUGACUGUGCCGAGAGCAGCAGCGGCAGCAGCAGCAGCUACUGUGUACACACUAGUUACAUACAAUACACACACGCGCCAGUCUGCCGAUAAGGCAUCGAUUGUGUGUAGUGCUGCUUUUUUUUCUGAAUGUGCUUUAACAAGUCGUCGUGAUUAGUGCUACGAACGAGCAGCAAGUGCGUGUGUACACAUAUUGAAAGAGAGAGGAGAGACACGAUAUUAUUGUGUCGUGUGCCGCCGACAAAAGAGAAGCGCCGCGCGCCGAUAAUAAUCGUCGUCGUCGUCGUCGUCGUCGUGUGUUUAACGCCGUGUAUAUAGCGCAUAUAUACAAUACGUCAAGGAUUGUUGACGAUAUAGGCGAAUCUCUUGCAUACGAAGCGUCGCUUUCUCUUCAAGACAUCUUUUACCCUCGCUGUCGAGCGAUGAAAAAAGGAGCACGAGUUGCAAAGUUUACGCGAGUGUGUAUAUAAACAGACGAGUGCGCGGCGUGUGUCGACAGCAGCAGCGGUGCAUUACACCUGUGUCGACUGACACUCGGAGUCCACAAGCCAGUGGGGAUCGUCGUCGUAGCCGCAGCAUAAGCAAAUCCGCAGCAUCCAUCCGUCACGCAGCAGGACGACGCUCGGUUUUUAUCCGUAUACCCGCAGUAAGAUCAUGCUUUAGCCUCACAUACACACACACGUAUACACAAAUAUACUUUACGAUCGGACCGUGCGGCUGCAAAAGGAAGAAGAAAAGUAAAAAAGAAAAAAACAGAGCGCGCACGUAAACUGCGCCGGUAAAACACGUGAAGUUGAAUGAAUUAUGUUAAAAACUGCAAGACCUAUAAUGGAUCUUAAUCGUUUGAAAAGAAAAAAGCCUUACAUAGCCCUGUGGAACACACGUAUCGGAAGCUCUCAGCAGAUUUUGGAUGAGGAAGCUAGCAAGAUCGGCGCGAUUAAAAAACUUGCAAGGAUGGUGGGUGGCUUACCUAGCGGUUGGAUGAGACGGGUUCUCCUGUUUCUCGUCCUGAUCACCGGGUGCCUGGUCAUAGCGAUGUUCGCGCGCUCACCGCCGCUGGCCUCGUUACAGCCUUUCACGGCACAAAGAACGUUCCAGAGCCCGUGGUCGUGGGCGUGCGUGGCCGGAAGAUGCGAGCGUCGGGCCGUCCGCAGCUCGCGUAUAUCACUGUCCACGUGUCAAGCCCUGUGCGGCAGCGCCAGCUCGCGCCUCCUGUGGCCCAAGCCCAGUCGCAGGGUCGAGCUGGGCCGCGACAGCUCGGCCUUUCACUGGCAGCAGAUCGAGUUCGCCGUCGUCGACACGGACUCGGCCGAGGUGCGCGCCAUGCUCGACAACGCCAAGGACGUAUUUCUGGGAAACGUGAGGAGCUUGAUGAAGAUACCCAACACCAAGAGCCGAUCGAGCCUGGACAGCUUCGUGGUCGCGGUGACUGUGACCUCGGCCAAGGACACGAAACUGACGCUGGCCACGGACGAGUCGUACGAGCUGCAGCUCGCGACGCGUGGCAAGCAUCUGGAGGCGCGCGUCGUCGGCAGGACGUACUACGGGGUGCGCCACGGCCUCGAGACCCUCUCGCAGAUGAUCUGGUGGGACGAGAAUUGCGGCAAGCAGGGUUGUCUCAGGGUGCUGUCGUCGGCCAUCGUCGACGACAAGCCCGUCUUCGAGUAUCGCGGACUGCUCGUCGACACGGGCCGGCAGUUCUUCCCCGUCGAGCAGCUCAAGAACGUCAUCGAUGGUAUGGCAGCCUCGAAGCUGAACACCCUUCACUGGCACCUGAGCGACUCGCAGAGCUUCCCCUACGACUCGCAGCAGUUCCCCGAGAUGGCCCGCUGGGGCGCCUAUAGUGGCGACGAGAUCUACUCGCCCGAAGACAUCAAGGAUCUGGCCCUGUACGCCAGGAUUCGGGGCGUCAGGAUACUCAUCGAGAUCGACUCGCCGGCCCACGCCGGUGCUGGCUGGCAGUGGGGAUUGGAGCACGGACUGGGCGAGCUGGCGCUGUGCGUCGACCAGCAGCCCUGGACGGCCUACUGCGGCGAGCCCAAUUGCGGCCAGCUCAAUCCUAUCAACGAGAACACCUACAAGAUUCUCGAGGGCCUGUACAGAGAGCUGCUGGAUCUGACGGAAGUGCGCGACGUCGUGCAUCUCGGCGGCGACGAGGUCAAUCUCGAGUGCUGGGCCCAGUACAACAACAUCACCGCGGUCAUGCAGGCGCAGAACAUGACCGAUUAUCACGUGCUCUGGGCCGAGUUCGAGAGAAAAUUGCAUUCCAAACUGAUCAGGGCGAAUCGCGGCGAGGCGCCCAAGGCCGUGAUCCUGUGGAGCUCGCCGCUCACCAAGCGGCCCUAUCUGCAGCAGUACUUCGAUCCGCAGGUGCACGUGAUCCAGUCGUGGGGCGGCAGCAACUGGCCCGACACCACGGACAUACUCGAGGACGGCUUCCGGGUCAUACUGUCGCACGUCGACGCCUGGUACCUGGACUGCGGCUUCGGCAAGUGGCGCGAGCAGGGCGAGGCCGCCUGCGGCGAGUAUCGCACCUGGCAGACCGUCUACAAUCAUCGGCCCUGGCGCGACUACGCGCAGCAGCACAUGCGCCAGAUCGUGGGUGGCGAGGCCGCCAUCUGGAGCGAGCAGCUGGGCCAGGCGUCACUGGGGCCUCGACUAUGGCCCAGGGCGUCGGCCCUGGCCGAACGACUGUGGAGCGACAUUCCAUCCAGUGGCUAUAAUGUCGAUGAAAACGUUUACACGAGACUGUCUUCGCAUAUAGAACUUUUGCGCUCCAGAGGUGUCAAAACGGAGGCGAUGUGGCCUCACUGGUGUACUCAAAACCCCGGAAAAUGUCUCUGACCUAUUUGGAGGGUAUUGAAACAUUAAACAAAGUUUUAGUUACGUUCGUUUAAUUAGUUAUCCGUAAUGGUGAAAAUUCAUUUUCACGAAAUUGAGCGAGGACGAAUUUUCUGCCAUUAACACAUUUCGAUUUAAAUUUGUAUUAGUGCAUAUUCAAGAUCUGCACGUAUGAUUAAAAAUGUACAUGUGCCUAUUGAUAGUAUAUUAAUUUGAAAUUGUUCUCAUUAACAAGUAAUUUAGGAUUAUAAAAUAUUCCGAUUAUGAAAUGUGUGUACGAAACUUGCCUUUAACGUAUGUUAAUUUUAAUCUUCUUGUAACUAAUUAUAAAAAAUGUCUUUGCUGAUAUUGAAGACUUAUAGUUACUGCAACAUGAUUGAAUAACUGCCAAUUUUAUUGGGCAUCAUCAAUCAAUCGUUUGUUAGCUUGAGAUUUAAAAUGUAUCAAAUAUUAGAUAAAAUACUUAUAAUAUUUUUAUGAGUACUAUAUUUAAUGUGUUCUUUUGGCUGAGCUGAUUAAAAAUAUCAAGCUCAAAGUUCAUGUCAAAUAAAACCAUUUGAAGCUCAUAAAAAUAUCUUCUUGUUUAUACCAAUAUGAUAUUGUAAGAUUUAAAUUUUAUGAGUGCAGCUGCACUAAAAAGUUACUAAAAAAUUAUUUGUACUUUAAUAAUUUCAUAUCAUAUGAAGCAUAUAUUUACUUACAUCAGCAUAAUAUAUUUGUACUCUGAUACAAAUUUAAAACAUAUGAAAAAAAUUGUCAAUUUUUAAAAAAAAAUCAUAGUAAAUAAUAGAAGCACGAAGUAAAUUUAUCUAGCCAAAUUUAAUAACAUUUAUUUCAUUAAUUAUUGAAAAAUAGCAUAUAUAAUAAUUUAUAUACUGCUAUAAAUGUAAAAUUCAGGCUUAUUUUGUUGAAGUGCCUUUUGGAUGUUUCAAUUUAAUGAGUGAAGAAAGUGAUUCGAGCACCUUAGAGCAUCAUUAAACCAUAUUGAAAAAAUAGAAAAUUAAAUUUGUGCGAAAUUUUUACUUUUUAAUUUUAAUGAUUUAUAAGUUCGAAUAUGAUAUUGUAUUGACUGCAAAUAUCGACGUUUCUUACAAAAAGUAUGAUAUUUUAUUUAUCUAGUAGGAGGUGUCGAUAUUUAUGUGUUAAAUUUUCUCAAAAACGAAUACAACUCUUAUGAUUGAACAUUAAUGUAAAAUUAAGAAGUUUUUACAGUAUUGAACUUUUUUAUACUGUCAUUUGCUAUGCAAUGUACUCAGCUAUAUAUAGCAUCAGAAAAAUGAGAUUUUAGAGGUAGUCAUAUCCUUAGGGUCAAUUAAAGAUAUGGUAAAGAUCUGAAUUAUGAUGAAGAUAUGAUCUUAGUUUUUAAAUCUUUGUCACAGUUUUCAUACGUCACUUUGGCAAAAUAAUUGUCUUAUUUAUAUCGCUGAGAGGGUAAUGAACUCAAAACUUAAUGAUCAACUUUUUGUCAGCAUUUUCUAUACUUUCAAAGUAUAUUUUAUUCUUAAGCUUAUUAAAAGUUAAUAUAAACUAUCAGACAAGGCAUACAUUACAGAGUAUGUCACAUCAAAAAUGUUCUUAUAUAAAAAUAAAUCAAGACCUAAUUUUACAAGUGCAAUCAAAACUGAAACUAUACGAUCGUAGUUUUUACAAAAAAACAGUGAAUUUAUAAGUAAUUCACGCGUAAACUAACAGUACUUAUGCAUAUGCAUUAUUGCUACAGAUUUUUAUACAAAAAUCAAGUGAAAACACGAAAAUUUUAUAACAUUUACAAAUAAAAUCUUUAACUUUAAAAAUCGUGUAAAGCUCAAAAAAUGAAUGAAAUGAAAACCGUUUAAACAAGAUUAUUUGUCCAGAUUUGUAUAUUGUUGGAAAAAAUCAAUGUGUUUCAGUUCAAAGCAUUUACAUUAACCAAUGAACACUAAGGAACGAUCUGUUUCAAGGUCGUAAAUGUUGAAAAUGAGCAUAUUAAAUAAAUUCGUCAUAAGAACUUCAACAAGUAUCUGAUGUGUGAUUUAUGAGCAAUAUAAAAUUUCACUGGCAAAUUAUAAUAUAAAGUCAACGAAAAAUGAUUAUAUCUGUACCAAUGUUUACUUUUACUCAAUUUAUCAACGAACUCAUACAUAUUAAUUUCUGUAUAAAUAUCUAAACGCUCCUAUAAAUCAUUUCAAUAAUCAUAUAUUAUUUACAUAGAUGUUAGUGAUCGUGAUCAGGAUAAAUUUGUCUCGGUACGUAGUAUGAAUUUCUAGUCGCCAGUAUUUGUAACAAAACUAAUACUGAGCAAAAUUUUGGUACAAUAAGUAAAUCGUAUCCUAUUUACUUACGAUAAAAAAACGAUAUAGCAUUACUAAUUCAUGAGUAUAAUACACGUGUACGGCGAAACAAUCAUAAGAUAUGUAUAUGAUUUAAUGUGUACAUACAUAUUAUGAGUAUGUUUAUUGUAGAGAAAAAGUACAACUUGUUAUUAAUUGUAAUGAUGGAUGUAAAAGACUUUAUUGUGGAAAAAAUUUGCAAUCUAACAUUGCAUGCAUGUGAGCCAAGCAACAUGAUC